CUCUCACCAAUCUCAACGGUUAAAUUGUUAUUUUCUAUUAAAUUGAACUUUGGGUUUGAGUUUAGAGAAUCUGGGCCUGAGUUUAUCCAAUAGAGGUAUGGUAGCAUUACCCAAACCCAAUUUAAUUUAUGGUCUAGAUAGAUAUAUCACGCUAAGAGUACAUGGAGUAUAAUAAGAGUAUAGUAGUGAUUCAUUACUUUUAUCAAUUAUUUUUUUUACAAAAGAUAAUCAAGUAUUGAACUUUUAUCAAUUAUUAGUAUAGCCCACAAUAUUCAUAUAUGUUUUAAAACUAUUAAUUACGAAAGCUUAAGAAAAAGGAUUAAGAAUAAGAUUAAACCGAAAAUAUAAAAUUUGAAACAUAUAAUAUAUAAAAACCCAAUUUUUUAUGGUCGAUGCAAAUCUCGUGCUAUUCUUUUAUAUAUGUGAAACCAUAUUGAUAGUUCAUUUAUUUAUUUUUGAAAACAAUUUAUCUUGAGAACUUUCCACCAUCUACUUUUAUCAACCUAGGAAAUAUUAUCACUCAUUGAAGUGAGAUAGUUGUGUUGAUUGCAAGAUAGAGGUUAACCAUUCGACUGGGGAUUGGUUAACAUGAAUGGUGGUUAGGGAGGAGGGUAAAGCUGUUGACCUUUGCAGUUUUUUUUUAUUUGUUUCAUCAAUAUUAGAAUGAUGAGGAAUUGAGAAUUUAGUUUUUAGUGUUUUGGUGAAAAAAUUGGAGAAAUUGACAAUUAAUUGGACUUUUGUUUUAGCUUUUAAGCAUACAAUCAGAUGAUUUAUAGUGUAAUAAAAAAAUAUGUAUUUAUGUAACGACAAUGUCUCUAAAUGUGAAUCGGAACGAAUAUCAGCUAUUAUUUUUUCGUUGUCCAAACGCAAACAACUACUAAGAUUGAUAAUUUCUCUACCAUUGUCUGUCUUGACACGCUUUUUUGAAGAAAAAAAUAUUAUUUAUUAAAAAUAAACCCAUAAUAACAUUGCUCAAUGUCUUAUAUUCUAUUCAUUUUUUAAUCAAUUUGCAGGAAAAAAAAACAUUUUUGGAAACAUGAAAAGAUUGAGAAGAAACUACAUGUUUACGGUUUAACAAAUAAAAAUCAAUGUUUCUUUUUAAAAAAUAAGAUGAUUAUAUUUUAUUGGACAAAGAAAUUUUGAAGGAGAUAGAGGAAAAUCCGGCAAAAACAAUUGACUAACUAGGGCUUCCUAGAAGAAAUAUAAACAUAAAAAAGACAACGGAAAAAGAGGGUCGCCAAAUGACCACGCAAAGCAUGCAACGAUUGACAACAGAAAACGAAACUGACACUCACCUUAUCAUGGUGCUCGUUACAUGACCAGGAUGCUGCCACAAAUGGAGUCAUCUUCAUUUUCUCUCCUCUAAAAGAACUGCAAAUGCGGGAAGACGAAGAAGAAGAAGAAGAAGAAGAAAGAUACACCUAAGCUUUGACCGACCAUGGGGAAGAAGAAAAGCACAACUAUGUUCAGUGGAAAGUACGACGAGAAAGAAAUUGAGCGUUUCUCCAUAGACGAUGGCAGCCAUUUCAGUAUCACAGGAGAAAUUCUCCCUUCUCUCGGCGCCACUCGCAGCUUUCACCGCAAUAGUGUUGGUCGAUUCGUUAUCUCCCCUUUUGAUCCUCACUACAGGACAUGGGAGGCUUUCCUUGUGUUGUUGGUUUACUACACAGCGUGGGUGUCACCGUUCGAGUUUGGCUUCCUAGUCCGCCCGAGUGGGUUGCUCACCAUCACCGACAACAUCGUCAACGCCAUUUUCUUCGUCGACAUUGUGCUGACCUUCUUCGUCGCGUAUCUUGACAAGACCUCAUACCUCAUCAUCGAUUCGAAGAAGGAGAUUGCUACGAGGUACGUCACGACUUGGUUCCUCCUCGAUCUCAUCUCCACGAUUCCAUCUGAGUUUGUUCGCGUGAUCUUGCCAAACAACCUUCAGUCCUAUGGCUACGUCAGUAUGCUCCGCCUAUGGCGUCUCCGACGAGUCAGUCGAUUGUUUGCUAGAUUGGAAAAAGAUAAGAAUUACAGCUAUUUCUGGACUCGUUGUGCAAAGCUCGUUUCUGUUACACUUUUCGUAAUUCAUAUGGCUGCAUGCAUCUUUUACCGUCUGGCUGCACAUUAUUUUAACCCCACAGAGACCUGGAUUGGAUCGGUUUGGGAAGAUUUUAAAACGGAGUCACUAUACUCUCAGUAUAUAAAGUCUUUGUAUUGGUCUAUAACAACAAUGGCUACAGUUGGAUAUGGUGACCUGCAUGCUGUGAACCCCAAUGAAAUGACGUUUGACGUGAUGUAUAUGUUGUUCAAUCUCGCGCUGACAUCCUACAUUAUUGGAAAUAUGACCAACUUGGUGGUUCAUGCAGCCACUCGCACCAGACAUUUUAGAGAUACAAUUCACGCUGCAUCAAGUUUUGCACAAAGGAAUCGUUUACCUGUUCGACUGCAAGAUCAGAUGAUUGCACACUUGACUUUAAAGUACAGAACAGAUUCAGAGGGACUGCAUCAACAAGAGGCCAUCGAUUCACUUCCCAAAGCCAUUCGUUCCAGUAUUGCAAACUAUCUAUUUUACUCACUCGUUGAUAGGGUGUACUUGUUUCGUGGCGUAUCAAAUGACUUGCUUUUCCAAUUGGUAUCAGAAAUGAAGGCAGAGUACUUUCCUCCCAAAGAAGAUGUAAUUUUACAGAACGAAGCACCCACAGAUAUGUACUUUUUGGUCUCUGGUGUUGUGGAGCAUAUUGUGCAUAAGAAUGCCAUAGAGCAGGUUGUUGGCGAGGCUAGGACUGGCGAUGUGGUUGGUGAGAUUGGAGUGCUAUGCUACAGGCCACAGUUAUUCACAGUUCGAACCAAAAGGUUAAGUCAGCUUCUACGUUUGAAUCGAACUGCCUUUUUAAAUCUUAUUCAAGCUAAUGUCGGAGAUGGGACAAUAAUAAUGAACAAUGUUCUUCAGCAUUUAAAGGAAAAUAAUGAUCCAAUCAUGCAAGAAAUUUUAUCAGAGACAGAGCACAUGUUGGCACAAGGAAGAAUGGAUUUGCCUCUUACUUUAUGUUUUGCAGCGACGAGAGGUGACGAUCUAUUGUUGCACCAUAUAUUAAAGCGUGGUUCAGACCCAAAUGAGGCUGACAAUGGUGCACGAACUGCAAUGCAUAUUGCUGCUUCAAGUGGUAAUGAACAUUGUGUAGCCUUACUUCUGGAAUAUGGAGGAGAUCCUAACAAAAAAGAUUCUGAAGGAAACGUUCCAUUGUGGGAUGCAAUGCUUGGCAAGCACGAAUCUGUAAUCAAGUUGCUUGUGGAAAAUGGUGCUACACUUUCUUCGGGUGACACAGGUCAGUUCGCAUUCACCGCGGUUGAGCAAAACGACUUGGAGUUGCUGAAUAAAAUCGUUAGUUACGGAGGAGAUGUGACAAGACAAACAAGCAGCAGCGGAACCACAGCUCUUCACGCAGCAGUAUCUGAAGGAAACAUCGACAUCGUUAAGUUCCUUCUAGACCAAGGAGCCGACAUCGAUAUGCCAGAUUCCAAUGGGUGGACGGCGAGGGCUUUGGCAGAUCAUCAAGGCCAUGACGAGAUCAAGACAUUAUUCCAAAACAGGAAAGAAGUAAUCAAGAGACCAGUUCCCACCAUUAGUCAAGCAUCAAAGCUAGGAGGUAGUAGCAGCAGCACUACUGCUGCAGUUAUUGGAAAGAAGCGAAUUGCCAAGUACGGCAGUGAACCCAUGAUAGCUCCCUACGAUCCAUCAACAACAGAUUACUCGCCACGAGCUGGCAUCAUGCCAUCUGUACCUGAAAGGACAUGGACCGAUGAUUCCAGCAGAAGAAGAAGAGUUAAUACUUUCAGGAAUUCACUUUUUGGGAUAAUGUCUGCAGCUAACACUGGUGACGGCGAUGUAAUGCCAGCUGGAGGCAGCUUUUCUGGGUUGUCAAGCUUAUCAAGUGACCCUCCAGCGCGAGUGACGAUUAGUUGUCCGGAGAAAGGUGAUGUUAAUGGGAAGUUGGUUUUGCUACCAAAGUCGCUCGAGGAAAUUUUGGAGAUUGGAGGCAAGAAGUAUGGUUUCAGCCCAUCUAAGAUCUUGAACAAAGAAGGAGCUCAAGUUGAGGAUAUAGAAUUGAUAAGAGAUGGUGACCACAUCAUUGUCGCCAGUUAAUUGAUUCCGUGAUUAGAAAUCAUUUUCUAGCUAGCUAGGAUACAGAAUUAAAGACUAAUAUUCACCUAAGCAUGGAGCUUGAUUGAUGGCAAAGAUGAUUUAUACUUUCUUAGUAACAAUAAAAAUUUGGAAGGAAUGGUAAAGCUAGCCGCCUAAGUUGUAAACAAUAAGAAGGAACAGUGAGAGGAUGAAACUAGUGAACUUCGGUUAGCUUGUUGGUGGGCCUCCAAGAAAGCAUAAUUAGAUUACACAUGUUGCAAAUUCUUAAUUGUCAUAUGUGCGUGGAGAUAGAUUUUCUAAAUUUGUCUUGUGCACAUUCAACAGUUUAUGAAUGAGACAUGCAGAAUCUAUCGACGUCAUCAACCUGGUCCAUUAGCAAAAUUCUAAGGAAAAAAUUGGAAACGUCGAAAGUAUAUAAGGUUUUGCUGGCGUACCAUAAUUUUAUUUGAAAUUUUUUCAAUGUUUUUCAGUUUCGAUUCUGAUACUCUUUGUCAUUGAUGUUUGGUUGCUAAGAAAUCAAAUAAAUUUGC